AUAAAUAAUUGUAAAAAAAAUAAAUACUUUUCUUCGACAGAUGAAAUCGAGUGAUACGUGUUUUGGUACGCUAGAAAAAGAAGGAAAUAUACACAAAUGUUUAAGAUUAAUCACUAAGCUAAUGAUGUUUAUCAAGUCAUCAAAAUUUAUCUGAGCAUUUGUAAUUUCCACAUACACAUAUAUUUUGAACUAAAAAUCAUAUACAGUUCUUGGACUGUUUAUGAAAUAAUAACUGUUAUGACACUAUAAUUUCUUAGAAUAAUCAAAAGUCAUAUAUAGGAGAAGAAAAAAUGAUCGAACUCUCAGCAAAGUUAACAACUGGGACUGUUUAUUUAGCUGGAGAAGCCUUGGAAUGCUGCAUAUCAUUUUGCUACACUGCUCAACCAGAACACAGGAACUCACAAAGCCACUAUGAUGCUUUAGAAAAUUUAGCAUGGGCUUCAGCUCAGAUCCACUGCUUCUAUUCCACGUCAAAGAAUACAGGAGACAAGACUCCAACUAUAGGGAAAACAACCUCUUUGGAAGUUACUUCUUGUGAUAUUGGGGAUGUCAUAUUCCACACCAAACCGAAGAUACUGUUCUGUGACUUGACUAUUCCAUUGGGUGAAACUAAAACUUUCUGGUACAGAGAAUCAUUGCCUAUAGAAGCCCCACCUUCCUACAGAGGGACAUCAGUCAAAUAUUCCUAUAAAAUUACUAUAGCAACACAGAAAGUUGGUUCUCACAUUAAAAUGGUCAGGAUACCAUUCCGUGUGUUGCCAAUCAGUCCUAUCAUGAACAUGCAAGACUUGGCAGCUUUGUGCGGGAAUGAGACUACUGAGGAACUGCAACCAACUAACCCUUUUUCUGAAGAAAGAAAGGUUGAAACACCUUUGACUAUGGCUUUACAAGUUUUGCAGAAUCUCACAGCCAGAAGAAGUCCAAACUCAUACAUGAUAACAAACACUAGAGGUAAAGUGGGCCGAUUCUGCUUAUUCAAGUCUGCCUAUAAGUUGGGUGAAGAUAUUGUUGGUACAUUUGACUUUUCUGUGGGCACAGUGACUUGCAUGCAGGUAUCAGUAUCACUCCAACCAGAGGAGGUUAUCAAAUCAAAGUCACCAUCUAAAAAUAUGAACAAAGAGACCAGUAGUAGAUCCAUGACAGUGGCAAGGUACCAUGAAGUGACAUUAGGUCUGACACAGUCCCAGUUGAUUCUACCAAUACCUUUGCACAUCACUCCAGCAUUUGAAGUUGAUGAUGUGUCUCUAAGUUGGAGGCUCCAUUUCGAGUUUGUAACUACUAAUGAGAAGCUCUUACCAAACCCAGAAGAGAAGGAUUGGACUGCCCCUUUAAAUGUACCAAUAGAGACUAUGGUUUGGAACCUUCCAGUCAAGAUAUAUUCCACUUUACCCAAACAGAUCACACAGCAUUCAGUAGGAAAUGAUGCAUAUACCAUGUUUAUAAAAUAGGACUUGUGGAAAUUAAAUAUAUAGGUAUUAGUACAACUUAGUUCAUUCCAGUGACUCUAUGUUAUUUCUUUUAAAUUAUUUUAAUAGUUUAUGUAUUAAAUGAAUCUAACAUUUUGAGAAUUAAAAAUUAUUUACAUAAAAUUGAUAUGAAUAACCUGUAAGUGUAAAUAUUAUUUAAGUAAUGUAAUGUGUUGAGUGUAA